AUGGCUAGUGGCGGUUUCCGUCUUCGUUUUGGUGAAAAUCAUUCUGUUGUUGAGGAUCGUAAUGAAACAGAAUCUCCAUCACGACGUACAACUAGAAUAAGGUCCAAACCAAAGAAGUAUGGUGAUUUCUUAGAUAACUCGCCUGUGAAGCGAAGAAAUUACAAAGAUAUGAGCUCUUCUGAAGAAGACAGUGAAAUUAACGAUGAAGCUGCUUUACCGAAACCCACAGCUCUAUUUACUGAAGAUGAUGUUGAAGGCCAGGAUAUGUUCAAGUUUAAAUCUCGUCACACAAAGCAGGACUUACAAAACAAAGUAAAGACAGCUAUUUAUUCUCCAAAGCCUGUGGACUCACCAAUGAAAACUCCAAAGAAGCUCCAGUCUUUGAUCAAAGUAUCACAGGAAACACCAAAACAGGUUAAGGAGAUAAUGAGAAAAAGGAUCUGUAAUGAAGUGGACUCUGAUAGUGCUGAUAGCGAUUUCUCUGGCAGCAGCAGUGACUUUGUACCUGAAGGAAGUGACCAUGAUGAGACUGAUUCAAGUUCAGCAGAAGCUGCAUCAUCAUCUGAAGAAGAAGUAGAACAACCAAAGAAAGUAGUGGGCAAAGCUGUUAAAGGCAGAGACAAUAAGGCUAAAGUAAAAGAUGCUGAAUAUUAUGUCACCCCUGAUAAUUACUUCAUUAUGCACUCGAGUAAAAAAAUCGCUACUUCCGACCACACGUUGGCAAGACUUAAAAACUUAAAUAUCGAUGAGAAUAAUGUUGAUGACAUUCAAAUAUCAGCGGAACAUAAGGAGAUUAUAAAAGACCUGAAUCAUUCCUACACACAAUUGUUCAACAAGUGGCUAUAUGUGUUAAGUGAAAACUUCAACAUCAUACUGUAUGGAGUUGGUUCAAAACGCUCAGUGCUUCAACAGUUCCAAAAGCAGAAACUCAAAGACUUUCCAUGUAUUGUUGUUAAUGGAUUCUUCCCUAGUUUAACAAUUAAGAGUAUUCUGGAAACAAUUGUAAUUGAUCUCUUGGAGAACACCAAUGUGCCUUCAAAUGUGGGAGAUGUUGUGAAUUUAAUUGAUACUCAGUUAAAGGAAAAUGGCGUAAACUUGUUUCUAAUAAUACAUAAUAUAGAUGGUACUAUGUUGCGUAAUGCUAAAGCUCAGUCUAUAUUGGCAAGUAUAUCUCAGAUCAGGAAUGUACAUACAAUUGCCACUAUUGACCACAUUAAUGCUCCCUUAUUAUGGGAUCACACAAAACUGAGUAAAUUCAAAUUCACAUGGUGGGACGUGACAACAUUUGUUCCUUACUCUGAAGAGACUUCAUAUGAGAAUUCUUUGAUGUCGCAUCGCAGCGGUGCUUUACAACUGUCUUCACUGAAAAGCGUGUAUCAAUCGCUUACUACAAACGCUAAAGGAAUAUUCAAAAUUAUUAUAGAAUAUCAACUAGAAAAUCAGAAACAAAAUUAUCAAGGACUGCCAUUCAAAGAUUUGUAUUCUAAGUGUCGAGAACAAUUCCUGGUGAGUUCCGAUCUUGCGUUACGAGCUCAACUUACCGAAUUUUUAGAUCACAAACUGGUGAAAAUGAAAAGAACAUACGACGGUAGUGAAAACUUGGUAAUACCCAUUGAUAUUACAUUAUUGCAACAAUUUUUAGAUCAACAAACUAGUUGA